UCUACUCUAUUUGGGCGCUUCUCGUUAUUUUAUUUUUAUUUUUAUUUUUAAAAAUGAGGGACAAAGAAACCAAUAACCUAGAACGAAGACAUUACCUAGCUCGUUUUGAUUCUGAUUAGUAGUACCAGUGAAGUAGAUCGACUGGAGGAGAAGGGCUCUGGGCUUUCCCAAGAGAAUUGGAAUGAUUAUGGUUUUCAUUGUUAUUUUGGAAUGACGACAGUUCGGAUCGAAUUAUUCUCGGUUGAUAUGUUUUGAGACAUAAGCAUGUCUAUUGAUCCUAGUGCACCAAUGAAUUUUGUGGACGAGGAUGCUUCUUCAGGCUCUGGAGAUGAUGUUAACGUGUUAGAGGGACAUAAGCGUCAGUCUGGGAUGCCAUCUAGUUCAGGUCGUCGGAAGAGAAGUCGAAAGGCUACUGGUGAUGCUAUAGUGGAUGCCAUGCUAGAAAUAGCAGCUGCUUCAAAAAUGAGGGCAACUGCAAUUAUGAAGAAUGGCGACCGGUUUUCUAUUAGCAAAUGCAUAAAAGUUUUGGAUGAUAUGAAAGAUACACCUGCUGGCAUGGAUGACUUUGACUUGGAAUUGGAUGAGAUGGAAAUAAUUGCAACAGCUGCUGGCUACUAUCAUUAUAAUAGUAUAACCAGGCAGCCUCCUCGUAUGUUAUCGCCUCGUGGAAGUGGUUUCAUGAGUGAAGUGCUUAAUGGUCAUGAUGAUGGAUGUUGUGAAAUGUUUCGGAUGAACAAGCAUGUAUUUCACAAGUUAUGUGACAUUCUUCGACAAAGAGGCAUGUUACGAGACACAUCUGGGGUUAUGAUAGAGGAGCAGCUGGCAAUUUUUUUGAACAUUAUUGGCCAUAAUGAACGUAACAGAGUAAUCCAGGAGCGGUUUCAACACUCAGGUGAAACCAUAAGUCGGCAUUUCAAUAAUGUGUUGAAGGCAAUCAAGUCACUGUCACGUGAAUUUUUGCAACCUCCUCAGCUCACAACUCCUCCCGAAAUCCUUGGAAAUAAUAGAUUUUAUCCAUAUUUUAAGGAUUGUAUUGGAGUCAUUGAUGGCAUGCACAUUCCUGCACAUGUCCCGGCAAAAGAUCAGUCUCGAUUUCGCAAUAGGAAAGGUAUUCUAUCGCAAAAUGUAUUGGCAGCUUGCACGUUUGACCUGCAGUUCAUAUUCAUUUAUCCUGGUUGGGAAGGCUCAGCUGCAGAUUCUCGUGUAUUGAGGGCAGUCCUUGACGAUCCAGAUCAGAAUUUUCCUCGCCUUCCUGAAGGUAAAUAUUAUCUUCUUGACUCUGAAUAUUCAAAUAGGGAAGGAUUUCUUGCUCCAUAUCAAGGAGUCCGCUAUCACAUUCAUGAAUAUAGAGGUGCCAAUCAAUUACCCAGAAAUGCGAAGGAGUUGUUCAACCACAGACACUCAUAUCUAAGGAAUGUCAUACAAAGAUCUUUUGAUGUGUUGAAAAUUCGAUUUCCCAUUCUCAAACUUGCCCCUCAAUAUGCAUUUCAUAUACAAAGGGAUAUAGUUAUAGCUGCCUGUGUUCUACACAAUUACAUCCGGCGUGAGGAAAGAAAUGAUUGGUUGUUCAGUAGUGUUGAAGGCUCAUCUGUGGAUGAAUCCCAUGAUUCUGAUCAACAACCAGAUAUGCAGUUGGCUUCUCAUAUACAGGAAGAAGAUGCUUUUUCAUCACGAGAGUCAAUUGCGGCUGCCAUGUGGGAUGACUUCAUAAAUAAUUGGGAUGAGUGGUGACCGUUGGAACUAGCAAUGAGUGUGCACAGAUGUAAUGAAUAUCUUAUGAAGGAAUGGUACCUAUGACUUUGUAGACAA